GUGAGGCUGGGAGAGAGGUUUGGCGUAAUAGUAGGUUUGGGAGAAGGAAAUAUAUAUAUACUCAAAGUGGUGUAAAUGUAUGCAACUAUAAACUAUAAAGCAGAGUUAGCUUUGGUUUCUACGUUGUACAAAGAAUCAGAAAAGCAAAAGCAAAAGAAAAAAAAGGUAAUGGAGAAUGUGAUUUGUGUUGUAGAAGUUCAGUGUUAAUAUCAUAAAAAGAAAACUUCAACUCCCAUUUAUUUCCCCACCAAACUUUCCUUUUUUUUUAUCUCAUUCUUCUGUUUUUCGUAUCUCAUUUUUUCAUCAUCUGGGGGAUUUUUUUUUUUUUUUUGGAUGGUGGAGUUGUGAGAGAAAAAAAGAAGAAAUUUCCGGGAAUAAUUUGUGGAGAGAAAAUGGCGGCAGAGGGAACGUUGUCGUUUUCAGUUGCUUCAGUUGUGAAAGAUGUCUUGGAACAUGGCAAUCGCUCCAAGGAUUCUGAUUUGGAAUCUAGAAAAGCUGAAUUGACUGCGUCAAGGAGGUACGAAGCUGCUAGAUGGCUAAGGAAGAUGGUCGGAGUUGUGGCAGCUAAAGAUUUGCCGGCAGAGCCAUCGGAGGAAGAAUUUAGGCUUGGUUUGAGGAGUGGAAUAAUCCUAUGCAAUGUUCUUAAUAAAGUUCAACCUGGAGCUGUGCCUAAGGUGGUGGAAAGUCCAUGUGAUGCAGCUCUCAUACCUGAUGGAGCUGCAUUGUCAGUAUUUCAGUACUUUGAAAAUGUAAGGAAUUUCUUGAUAGCGGGCCAAGAAUUGCGGCUUCCAACAUUCGAGGCAUCUGAUCUAGAACAAAGGGGCAAAUCUACAAGAGUGGUGAACUGUGUUCUAGCGCUCAAGUCCUAUAACGAAUGGAAGCUCGCAGGUGGAAAUGGAGUGUGGAAAUUUGGUGGAAACACGAAACCUGCAACGACCUCGUUGGGAAAGCCGUUUGUAAGAAAAAAUUCAGAGCCUUUCAUGAACUCUUUUCAAAAGACUUCAUCGAUGAAUGAGAACUUAUCCAAUGGUCACCCACCUGAUAUUGAUCCUAAUACAAUGGGUGGUGCUGGUUCAUUAAGUAUGUUGGUUCACACUAUUCUAAUUGAUAAAAAGCCUGAAGAAGUUCCGCUGCUGGUUGAAUCUUUGCUUGGUAAAGUUGUAGAGGAGUUUGAGCAGCGUCUGGCAAGCCAAUAUGAAGUGAUGAAAACAACUUCAACAGACAUCACUGCUUCCAAUUUCAACAAGCCUCUAUCGGAACCAAUUUCUGGGGAUAAAAAGAUGGAGGAAAAAAAUAUCAAAAUGAUGAAGAAAGAUGAUUGCUUUCUUAAAAGCAUCACUAAUGACGAAUUAAAAGAUCAAUCUCUAAAACUGCAAAUGAUCCUUAAUAAGCAACAAAGAGAUAUUCAGGUCCUAAAGCAUACUAUUGAUGCCACAACAGCUGACAUGCAACACAUGCAAACAAAAUUUCAUGAAGAAUUCAAUAAUCUCGGUAUGAAUAUUCAUGGUUUAGCUCAUGCGGCUUCUGGUUACCAUAGGGUUCUAGAAGAAAACCGCAAGCUAUACAAUCAAGUGCAGGAUCUUAAAGGAAGUAUCCGUGUUUAUUGUCGUGUGAGACCGUUCUUGUCUGAAAGAUCUAGCUAUGUUAGCACUGUGGAGCAUAUAGAAGAUGGAAACAUCACCAUCGGCACCCCAUCAAAGUACGGUAAAGGAUGCAAGUCCUUUACCUUCAACAAAGUCUUUGGGCAAUCUGUAACUCAAGCGGAGGUAUUUUCUGAUAUGCAACCACUAAUUCGGUCAGUUCUUGAUGGAUACAAUGUUUGUAUAUUUGCAUAUGGCCAAACAGGGUCAGGAAAAACUUACACAAUGGUUGGACCCAAAGACCUAACAGAGGAAAAUCAAGGAGUAAAUUACAGGGCAUUAGGUGAUUUGUUUGUUCUAGCAGAACGAAGAAAGGAUACCUUCCGCUAUGAUGUUGCCGUUCAAAUGAUUGAAAUUUAUAAUGAGCAAGUCAGGGAUCUCCUUGUUAUCGACGGAAGUAACAAAAGAUUAGAAAUUCGCAAUAGCUCUCAGACAGGUCUCAAUGUACCCGAUGCAAGCCUUAUGCCUGUUUCAUCGACAUCUGAUGUUAUCGAUCUGAUGAACCUAGGACAAAGGAAUCGGGCAGUUGGUGCGACCGCUCUAAAUGACCGUAGUAGUCGUUCCCAUAGUUGCUUGACUGUCCAUGUUCAAGGAAAGGAUUUAACUUCCGGUACUAUUCUCCGUGGCUGCAUGCAUCUUGUUGACCUUGCAGGAAGUGAGAGAGUAAACAAGUCUGAGGUAACAGGCGAUCGACUAAAAGAGGCACAACACAUAAACAAAUCUCUAUCAGCUUUAGGGGAUGUGAUUGCUUCCCUUGCCCAAAAGAAUACACAUGUUCCGUACCGAAACAGCAAACUCACUCAACUUCUUCAAGACUCACUGGGAGGGCAGGCUAAGACACUAAUGUUUGUUCACAUAAGCCCCGAGCUUGAUGCCUUGGCUGAAACAUUAAGUACUCUCAAGUUUGCAGAGCGUGUGGCUACCGUCGAACUCGGUGCCGCCCAAGUGAACAAAGACACAGCAGAUGUCAAACAACUCAAAGAACAGAUUGCGAGCCUUAAGGCAGCUUUGGCAAGGAAAGAGGGAGAAACAGAGCAAAGUCGACAUUCUAUUUCGGACACUGAUUGCUCUGAAAAAUACAUAACAAGUAGUGAUUUGUUUCCGUUUACUCCUAAUCACCGAGUUGGAGAUAUGUUGGGGGCUAGACAACUCAUGGGUGAUGCUGGCAACAUUGAGGCACGAGCGAACUCAAUGUUGAGGCAAGAGAAGCAAAGCUUUUCUCUUGACGAGUUACUAACAAAUUCACCUCCUUGGCCUCCUGUUAUCAGUCCAACACAAAACUUCAGGGAUGACGAGAAAGAGUCGGGCUCGGGUGAGUGGGUUGAUAAGGUUAUGGUGAACAAACAAGACAACAUUAAUAGAGUGGGAAUCCCCUUAGGAUGUUGGGAAGCAGAAAACGAGAAUUCGCCCGAUGUCUUUUACCAAAAAUAUCUCCAAAAUUCUUCAAAAAUUUACCAAGAACAAUCAUCAUAUAAUAUGUUUAUGGGGGGUAACAGGUUCAACAUGGCCAAUAUUAGUGACAUAGAUGAUCUCGAUGUCUCUACCAGCCACUUGUCCGAGCCCGAUUUUCUUUGGCAAUUCGAUCAGUCCAAACUUAGCUGUAUAACCAAUGGGAUUGGGAUUGGAUCAAAGACCAAAAAACCUCCUUCCAAGUCUACAAGUACUCCAGAACGGAGCAAAAAUGCAUAUCCCAUAUCAGGACCAUCACCAUCAAGGAAAUUAGGAAAUGGAGUUGGCCAGCCUUUGCAUCGAAAUGGGAGGCAACCAGUUCCUGCUGAAGGGAAACGCAAAAUUGGAAGUAGAAAAUAAACAUGUUUAUAUAUAAACACUAAAAAACACGCCGGAUUGAUUUUUUAUUCUUUAUUUUAUUUUAUUUUAAUUUUCUUUUAUAUUUCUGAAUGAAUGAGAGAGAUGACUUACAUAUAUAUAUAUAAAUAUCCAUUUCAUUGUAAUUAUAUGAUAUAGUUUUGAAUACAACAAUACUAUACAAUUUAUCAGGUUUUCCAUCCAA